AAUAAUUCAGAUUGUGCUGGUGUUAUUAGCAGCGAGACAAGUACACAAGUAUAGCAAUGUCUCAUUUCCCCAGAUAGUGGAGAAAUAAUAAGGAUUUUAUGGCAAACAUGUUAUAUUUUGUUUCCACUGUAACUGAAGUUUAUUCUUUUAAACACUCUUUUUUAAUUUCAUAGAACGAAUCCUUUGUAGGCCAAACUAAAAAAAAGAAAAAGCUGAACUGGGAUCAGCAGAACAAGUUGGUUAAGGACAACAGUAGUCAGGUGGAGCCUGGGUGGAAUAUUGGUGAUCACUAAUUCUCCAGGGGACAUGAAAAGCCCUCCAAUCAAAGACCACCAAGACUUGGGACAAAGUUUAGUUCAUAGCUUCUUGCAGCAAGGGAGACCUUGUAGUAGGUGCUUUGGGAGGGAGUGUUUAGGGAAAUAGGACUUUGCUCUGGAUUAGAUUGUCUGGAAGUGGAGGAAAUUCCAUCAUCCUGAACCUUUGCAUGUCUUAACAGGAGAGAAAGGUCACCAUGAAGCUACAGCUGUGCUUGAUCAAGAAGCAGCGGCUGUUCAUUAACAGACUGGAAGGGAGAAAGGGUCUUGCUGUGUUGCCCAGGCCAGCCUUGAAUUUGCAGUCUUCCUGCUAGAAGGCUACUUUUAAGAUUCUUUGUUCCUACAGGUAGGUAAUCUGGAGUCUCAAAAUGUUUGCCAAAGCAACAAGGAAUUUUCUUAAAGAAGUUGAUGCUGGUGGUAACCUGAUUUCAGUAUCAAACUUGAAUGAUUCUGAUAAGUUGCAACCUCUAAGUCUGGUAACCAAAAAGAAGAGAUACUGGUGCUGGCAGAGACCCAAGUACCAGUUUUUAUCCGUCACCCUUGGAGAUGUACUCACAGAGGACCAGUUUCUGAGUCCAGUGGUCGUGGAGUCAGACUUCGUGAAGUAUGAGGGCAAGUUUGAAAACCACGUGAGUGGGACCAUCGAGACUGUUCUGGGCAAGGUCAAGCUGAACAUGGGAGGCAAAGGCCUGGUGGAGAGCCAGUCUUCCUUUGGGACCCUGAGGAAGCAGGAGGUGGACUUGCAGCAGCUCAUCAGAGACUCCGUGGAGAGAACAAUAAACCUGAAAAACCCCAUACUCCAUCAGGUGCUGGAGAGGAGGAAUGAGGUCCUGUGUGUCCUGACGCAGAAGAUUGUGACAACGCAGAAGUGUGUGAUAUCGGAGCACGUUCAGAUUGAGGAGAAGUGUGGCGGCAUGGUGGGAAUCCAAACCAAGAUAGUGCAGGUGUCAGCGAUGGAGGACGGGAAUGUCAUCAAGGACACCAGUGUGCUGCUGGAGAUCCCGGCUGCCACCACCAUCGCCUAUGGCAUCAUCGAGUUAUAUGUGAAACAGGAUGGCCAGUUUGAAUUUUGCCUCCUCCACGAGAAGCAUGGUGGCUUUGAACAGGAGCGGAGAUCUGACCCUGUCUAUCUGGACUACUUGGCCUGUCGGGAGUUUGUUUUCAUGGACAUGCCAGAUGCCAGGCAUGGGACGUCUUCCCAAGAUGGGCUGUUAAGUGUUUUAAAUCAAGCAACUCUUCCACUGGAGAGGAAUUUCAGUCCCUUCUUGGAGCUGCCAGCAGAGCAGCAGACAGCUCUACACAACCUCUUGCAGGCGGUUCUGUUUGAUGAGGAAUUCCUGGUGGUCCUGGAGCAAGUGUGUGAUGACAUGGCUGGUGGCUUCUGGUGUCCGCAAGCAGCGUUGGCAAUGGGGGAGCUGAAGCCACCUCAGCAGCAGGACCUCAUGGCCUUCCUGCAGCUGGCAGGAUGCAGAAUACAAGGGGAAUGGCCUGGCCCUGAGGGUGAAGUCAGCAACCAGAAACUCUUUGCAACAGCCUACUUCCUGGUCAGUGCACUAGCAGAAAUGCCAGAUAAUGCUGCAGCUCUGCUGGGCAUUUGCUGUAAACUCCAGAUUAUUCCUACACUGUACCACUUGCUUCGUGUUUUAUCUGAUGAUGGCAUAUGUGAUCUUGAAGACCCAACUUUGGUCCCUCUGAAAGAUACAGAAAGGUUUGGGAUUGUUCAGCGCUUGUUUGUUGCAGCUGACAUUAACCUAGAACAAGAGCAUUCAUCUGUAAAAGCUACUGUACUGAAGGAUCCUCAUGUCUUCCCUCUAAUUCUUUAUAUUACUCUGAAUGGACUCUGUGCUCUGGGUAAAGAACAUUAGUAAUGUCAUUCAUCAAAUAGAAGUACACAUAACUGGCCAAGGCUGGGUGUUUUUAGAAUUAAAAUACUAUUUUGGGACUUAGGUGUGAUGUACCUUAAAAGUUGAUCAAUGAAAUGAACUACAAAACAGUUUUAAUAGUGUUGAUUUUCUGCACUAUGAAUGCCACUAGGCGCUCCACAUGUUUUUUUUUUUUUUUAUAUCAGAGGCCUUCACAUGCUGGUAAAUGGUGAACACCAGGUAUCCAAGGUAGAAUCUAGUAUCUGAAGAGCUGGGGGUGGGGAGAGAGGUGAGAUUCUAAGCAGUUGUACACUCAGACCUUUUUUUUUUCCUGCAGAAUAAUGAAUCCAUUUAUCAUUUUUCUUACAUUUUCUAUUUUGUUAUACAAAAACAGAGGAGUCUUACAUUUUAACCCAAAAAUUCAUUUUAAAUUGUGAAUGCCAUGGCAAGGCAGUUUCUCUUCACAGAAUCUACAUUAUUUGGUGAAUGAAAAAAGAACUGCUACUAGAGAUGAUGUAUUGUUCCACAAAACAAAAUUACACAAAAAAAUCUAGUAGCAAUAUCCCCUCCUUGAAGGUCUAUCUUAUAAUUUGACCUUGCCAUGCUGUGAUAAACAUACUGAUUCUAUGUCUAGAACAAUAUGUUGUUCUUAUGCAUUUUUUCUAUCAAAGGAAAUUUUGAACUGUAUAUAUUUUGCUUUUCACUGUUUUGACAUCCUUCUAUUAUAAAAGACUUGGACUGUCUGCCCAGGACUUCUGAAUCCAGUGACACAAUCUUCCAUCUGUCAGGGACCUGAAGCCACUGGGGAUGAGGAGCAGUAAGUACUGGAGGGAGAGAAGCAUAUUACGCAGCACAUGUUCUGCUUUACCUCAGCAUCAUCUGCUUAGUCCCUUUCUUCAAGGAAAUUAAAACAAGGAAUUAAAAAAUAACACUUUUAUCAUUUCUAUUAAAAAUGACACAGCCUUGUGAAAAUGCUUAUUAUAUGUGUGUGGGGGUGGAAAGGACAUAAAGCUAUAUGUUGUUGUGGCUCCUGUACACAAAAAUUAUACACAAAUUGGAAAAGAAUAUGCAAAGCCUGUCUGAUUUUCUGAAAGAACCAACUUCAAAAAUGUGUAAUAUGAAUUGACUUAUCUACAUAGUUAUUGAGAUGUAUGGAAAAAAAAUCACAGAGUUUAUAGGAAAACAAGCAGAAGUGCUUUUGGGUUCACAGACUUAGGGGUUAAGACAAGAGGCAAAGGGAGUUUUAUCCUAUUAUUUUCUGGAGACAUCAGAAGUAAAUGGAUUAACAAUUCCUUAAGUAUGAAGGAUGGAAUCAUGGAAACUAGUUUCAUUUGGGAAGAGGCUUCUUGCUUAUAUUCACAGCCACACCUCUAUCUGUUGUCAGACUCGUGGGUCCACUUGCUUUCUUAUUGCAGGUAGAGGGCCAGGCUGUGUGCAGGUCAGCUCCUUGUAUCACCUACUCAGCUUUUCUCUUUCUUUUUUUUGCCAGCUAAGCAGAGAGGCCUUAUGAUCUUGAUCCUGUAUUUCAAUCUUCCCUAACUCUAAAAUUUUUUGAGGGUGUAGUUUUGGAAAGCCAUUGAAUUGCUUAGGUUAGGACAGAGGAAUACAUACAUGGUUAGGGUUUCCUUGCUGAAAAAUGGAAGUGGGCAAAAAAUUUAUUUAAGUGGGAAAAAUUAAAUGACAGCACUUAAAAGAUAUUAAAGCUAAUAUGAGGUCCUAAAUCUUUACCUCUGAACUUUUAUUUUACCUAUAAUGAAAUAAUUUCUCAAAACAGUAAAUAUUUCUUUGUAUAUACAGGAAAAAAUUUCACAGGAGUUUUCAAUCUUACAGAUUGAACAUUUGAAUAAUUUUUGUUUUGGAUAACAUGGAAAUAUGUAAAAAGACUUAACAGGGACAGUUUUUGAAAAAGUUAUAAUUAUACUGCAGGAAGAUUAUCAUAAGGGCAACAGUACUAUUUAUUUUAUAGAGGAACUAGUAAUAUAAUUUAUUAUUAACUUACUUUUUAUUAUUUUUAAACCUUUUCAUCAAAAAGUUAAAACAGCUUGUUUACCUUUGAUUUUUAUUUUUAUUUUGUAUCAGGGAUUGAACUUGGGACCUUGCACUUACAAGGCAAAUCCCUGGACCCAACUUUGAUUUUUAGAUUGCAACAAGCAUUUUUCUUUCUUCUACAAUCACUUCAAAGACCAAAGGCUAAAAAGUCCAUGUAUCUGUGUCCAGAGGAAAGAUAUAUCAACAUGAACUGGUGGGAGGGGAUUAAAAAAUACUGCCCUGUCAAAGUUUUCACAUCUAUUUUGGCUAUAACAGAGUUCAACAAAACAUUUAAAAAAUUGCAUUCAUUUUUGAACCUCACUGUUCAUUAUUCUGUGACAGAAUCUAGGAUGCUACUUAAAAAAAAAAAAAA